GUAGCGUCGGAAGACAAGAUUCAGCGGGUCCUUUGGGGCUAAGGUCAUUACGUGCUGCUGGGCGGUGGAAAAGGGAACGCCUCUCUCUUUCACUUCUUUCAACAGACUAUUUGAGCAACUCCAGAGGUGUGCUUCAUGAAAUGCAAGGAAAGGUUUCGCCGAACAUUUUGCUAAAUUAAGUGACUAUCCACUAUCCGCCGUGAGCCCCCGUCACGAGCUUUCCUUCUUUCCAGUCCAAAGGCGGGAAAACCGAGUCCGGGGGUGAGAAAGGCGCUCCCGCGGUCCUGCCCCGCAAAAAAGACGAGGGGGCAAAGGAAAAGGGGUGGAAAGGUUAAGCAUUGUUACUCUGCAGUGGUUAACAAAAUAACAUGAAUGACGUAAGACGCCAAUCUCUGUUUUUCAUCCGUCUACCUGAGCUGCAAAAACUUUGUGCUGUGAAGGUGACAGUAUGUUCUCAGCUGGCGGUUACUGAAAUUAGAACAGCACAGAGGAGGAUGUGCAGACAGAUCUUGUUUCUUCAUCAAGAUGUCCUUUCCUCACCUGUUCCUGGGACACUGAAUCAAAUUUCAGUGGUUAUGACGAUACCCUUCUACAAAUCAGGAAAAUUUCAGGCCUACAUAGAAAGCUAUAGAGCUACAAUGGCAAUGCCAGAGAGAGUUCUCCCAUCUGUCUUUCAGACCUGUCUUUCUUACUCACUUGUAGCUAAACUUGCUCCCCAUUGGAACCAAGCUGGUCAUCUGUUGAUACAAGGGAAAGAUUUUCUCUCACAACGAGGAAAGCAAAAUGCUGUUGCUAUGGACAUCAAUAUAUCAGACAACCAGCUCUGCAUCAGUGUGGAAGUGUACACUAUACAUCUGCCACCACCUGAGCUGGAGGAUUUUGAAAUUUCAACAAAUGCCUUAAAGAGAUUUGAUAUUGAUGAUAAUGCAGUUAUUGAAAAAUAUUCUAUUUUAAGUAACUGGUGCUAUGUUUUGCCAAGUAUGAAAAUGGGCAAAAUCAUAAACAUCAGUCACGUGAUACCAUCUGACUCUGUCUUUGAGUCAUACAGGGCUUUGAAGUUGCACUGGGAAAAUCUGUAUGGCUAUAUUCUGCCAGAAGAUUCUCAGAUAUAUUGCAGUAUUUACUUCAAAUUGAUAGGGGAGCAGCUCUUUACAUAUCCUUUCAGUUGCAUCAGAAGUCGACCAGUGGAAUACUUUCCUAGAGUAGAUUUAGAAGGUGUUUUAAAUGCUUUUGUUACUGAUCUAAAGAAUAUAAUUCCUUCUAUAUGUGGGUUUCCUCUAAAGAUGACAAGUAAAGCAUUAUAUGCCACAAAAUAUCUCACACAGUCCUCUGCUCAGGACUUAAACACAAAACCAGCUAAUCUCACUGAAAAAAGAAACUGGAAGGUAACUUUAACUCAAGUAAUGCCCAAAAAGGAUAUAUUUAAUCCUUCAUCAUGUGCUACAGAAAACAGCCGCCAGAUGGAGCUUCAAGUCAACCAGCCAAAAACAGGCAUUUUCUCUAAUCUGCAUUUACUAGCUGAAGAUGAGAACACUAGAGAAGUAGGGUGCAGUGUCUAUAAUAAGAAACAGUGGAAGAAAUCAGAAAAAUCUACAAUGAUGUUGAACUCAAAUGAAUCUUCCAAAUUUUCGAAAGAUCCUUUAAUAAAAGACUCCACUAGAGUAAUACCCAUUUUCAAAGGAAAACUCUUACUUACGGAUAGGCAAAUGACAAAAAACACCAAUGGAAAGAAAAAAUUAAAUAUUGCACAAUAUGAGCCAUUGAAAUCUAACACAGCUUCUAAAUCAGUUGUAUCCAAGUCCAGUGCAGUUCAGCUUAAUAAACCAUUACAUGAUGCUUCAAGAAAUUAUAAAACUGUUCUUCAGAUAGAGAUUGGAAAAAGCAAGGCAAAAUCUACUAAGCACAGACUGAAAGAGAAAAACAAGGAUAACGGAUAUCUGCCAAAUUGUGCUUUCACUAAAACUAUAGUUUCAUAUAGAAAUUCGACUAAAAUGAAAUCUGGAAGACAAAGUUCCUCUUUGGUGUUUGCUAGUGAUCAGUCAAUGUGUGAUGCAUCAACUGUCCAUCAGUAUAUAAAUAAACCUGCAAAUUUCAGCACAGGCCAGAAUGCUAGGAGUACUGGAUCAAAGAAAACCCAUCUCUGCAUGUCUAAUCCAGAUGUAAAUGAGAAAAAUGUCAGAAUAUUUCAGGAUGAAUUGCAAAGUCCAACAGAAGAAUCAAAAAUUAAGCCUUACAGAUCAGUACAUAAUAAAGCUAAAAAAGGAAAAAGUCAAAAAGAACCGGUAAGACCUGAUAAAGAUACUGCUAACAUACCCUGCCACCAUCUGCAGUUUAACUCUCUACAGGAAGAAGGAGAAAGCUAUCCAAAGCUCAAGAAACCAAGAACCAAUAAGCCAUAAAAUGAAUAAAGAUGGAGAAGAAUUAGAGGUACUGAAAGAGGCACGUCGGCAGUAACUGUUUUUACCUUUACUACUAGCAUAAUUAAACAAAAGUGGCAAGAGUUGCAUUCCUUUGCUAUAAAGGCAGUCAUAUUCCUGUUUUAUUUCACUGUAACCCAGAGCCUAUCUACAGUUUAGUACACAAACAGAUCUCCAAAGCAUGCAAACAAUCCUCUAUAUGCAGAAAAACCUGAAUUAAUAUGGGUGUACAAAAGAAUGCAUGUGCUACUAACCAUUUCUCUUCAUUAAAAUUAAUAACGAAGAUAUUGCAGGUAGGAACAUUAAUUGGAGCUCCCAUACUCUGAAUGGAAGGUCAGGGUAGCUGAAUGACUACUUGUGCAAAUGGUGAUAGACUGUAGGUUAGCACCAGGUGCACAAGUAGAAAAGCACCUCUGCAAAUCAUCUGUCUUGAAUAUUCUCAGGCCAUCCUGUUCCAGCCUGCUUCUUUACUCUGGGCAGAAGCACUUUGUAUUUCCCUGUCUGUGAACAUUUGCACUUCUGUUGUCUUUGUGUGUGUGCGUCCAUGCGUGUGUGUGUGUGAAUACCUAUUUUUGCCUAUGCCUCUGCCCACCAUUGGAUGCUGUUGCCUUCUGGCCCCCAAUCACAGUGAGCACCAGACACCACUGCUAUUUGCACAGGAAGUAUAUAGGAGAGUGCAAAGUAUAGGCCUGCAUUUUGCUCAGAUUCCUUUCUGCUUGUACAGAUGUUAAACUAUGGUUUAGUACUAUAUUUUAUUCCUGCCUAAAUACAGUACCUUUAAUUAUACGCCCCCCAUGUUAUUAUUCUUAAGAUGAUUGAUAACCCAACAUUUGGUAAAUACUGUGUGAACCUUUAUUCUGUGAUGUGUGUCUUGACUGAAAAGCUCCAUACAACCAAUGUCUUUUCACCCAGGUACUACAUUUCAUUAUCAGUUCAGUGGUAACAGCAAAGUACCUUUGUUUUGGCAUUGGCUUUGUUACAAGUAUGAUGUUCUGGUUUGUGUAGUCCCCAGUCCCCACCAUGGGAAGGGAAAGAGAUUUAAAGUUUUUGAUUUGUUUGGAACUGCUUUGUCAAGUGGGAGAAACUGUGAACUGACAAGCUAGAACAGUAAAAUAGAGCAGAUCUGGUUUGAUAUUUCAGAUUGUAGACUAGCUGUGGUUUAGGAGUGGGGUUGGGAAUCUGAGGUUCAUGGCAAGCCCAUGUUGAAAACAAUACAUUAUAGUUUGUGGUUAUGUGUGAAUUGAAAAUAUUUUUGUAUACUGCAGUUAUAUACAUAAGAAGAGAGAGUCCCAAUGUUAAGAUUCUGUGUGUUAUUUAUAGUCAACUCUAGGGCUAUAAUCUUAUAUAUUGGAGUGAAGUUCCUUUGAAAUUGUUGGGACUUAAUGCUGAAACAGAUACAUGCAAUUGCUUUUUUCAGAGACAUGGUUCGAAAGAGGGAUCACUCUUUGUAGUGUGUGUACCUAUUUCAUUAGUACCUCUGAUAAGUAGGUUUUACAGGUUUUUAAUGUUUCCUAAAUGAGAAAGUACUGUUUGACAAAGGGUAACAAUAAAGCAAAAUAAAUAUGUAUGUAACUUUGAGAAACAACACUUCUCUCAAAUAUUUUCAGCUCUUUAAACAAUUGUGCUUUGUCUUAGGUCUAGUAACCAUUUAUAGGGCCAAUAUAUUUGUUUCUGAAUAUAGUAGCCUCUAACUUGCAUGAGCAAUCUUCUCAGGCAUGGUCCAUGGUCUGGGG